AUGUCGAGCAUAAACAAAAUUUCUAUCAAUGACUUGACUCCCGAACACCUUGAAACAUUUACCCAGACACUACACAAUGUUGUAUCGAGCGAGCCUACACAGCAAGCUCUUGCACAAGUCGUUGAUGGGAUACCUACCCGCACUGACUCCAACGGUUGGGAAUUUGUGAAGGCUGGUCUAAAAAGAAAGGAUGACCCUUCUGAUGAAUCAAUCAAGAUUGUCAAAGCUAUCCAGGACAGUUUCAAACUUGACAGUCUUGAAGUUUCUGCCGAUGUUGUACAAGCAUAUCAAGAUACCUCAAUAGGAUCAAGAGACUUCAAACUCCGACUGCUAGAGAUGGUAGCCAUCUCGUUCCAUAACAUGGUUGCCCAUCUCUUCCAAUCUUUCGAAUCAGACCCCGACGCCUGGCCAAGUCGUAACCGUGUACCGCAUCCCCGCGAAUCAACCUGGUUUUAUCAUUCAGAUUACCUCGAUCACGAUCAGUAUCCGUUAAAGGUCUCUGACGUGGUUGGAUACUGGGCCGAAAAACAGGUCUUUGGAGGGACCGUGUUGUUCGAUCGAGGCGAGAUAGACGACGAAUGCCGUGAUGCAUUCAUCCAUCCCGACGACGGAUACCGGAUUUUCAAACUCUCAGAUGAUCAAUUAGAUCAAUUCGCCUCCUUUGGAGCGAAGAUAGGGCGUAUUUAUCAGAACAGUGAUAGUGGCUGUCCCAUCCCUUUUCAAGCUGAGAAAUAUACCACGCGUAUCGAGCCGGAGGAAGCCAUGGCCAUGCAUAUAUACCGCCAUCUUUACGAGCGUAAGCCAAAGAUCGAGGAUAAUGGGCGAACGCAGCAUAAGCGUCGGCGGCUUGAGGAUUAUCCAGAGUUUGGGGAUUUAUUACAACAAUUGGAUAGAAGUGAACAGAGGUAA